CCGACGGCGGCCCCCGCGGCGCAGACGCCCCAGCCCCCCACCGCCCCCAAAGGGGCGAGCGACGCCAAGCUCUGCGCUCUCUACAAAGAGGCCGAGCUGCGCCUGAAGGGCAGCAGCAACACCACGGAGUGUGUGCCCGUGCCCACCUCCGAGCACGUGGCCGAGAUCGUGGGCAGGCAAGGCUGCAAGAUUAAGGCGUUGAGGGCCAAGACCAACACCUACAUCAAGACUCCUGUGCGGGGCGAGGAGCCCGUGUUCAUGGUGACAGGGCGGCGGGAGGACGUGGCCACCGCCCGGCGGGAAAUCAUCUCAGCAGCGGAGCACUUUUCCAUGAUCCGCGCCUCCCGCAACAAGUCAGGCGCGGCGUUUGGUGUGGCCCCUGCUCUGCCAGGCCAGGUGACCAUCCGGGUGCGGGUCCCCUACCGCGUGGUGGGGCUGGUGGUGGGCCCCAAGGGGGCAACCAUCAAGCGCAUCCAACAGCAGACCAACACGUACAUUAUUACGCCAAGCCGCGACCGUGACCCAGUGUUCGAGAUCACCGGGGCCCCGGGCAACGUGGAGCGUGCGCGCGAGGAGAUCGAGACACACAUCGCGGUGCGCACGGGCAAGAUCCUCGAGUACAACAAUGAAAACGACUUCCUGGCUGGGAGCCCUGACGCUGCGCUUGAUAGCCGCUACUCCGACGCCUGGCGGGUGCACCCGACGGGCUGCAAGCCCCUCUCCACCUUCCGGCAGAACAGCCUGGGCUGCAUCGGCGAGUGCGGAGUGGACUCUGGCUUUGAGGCCCCGCGCCUAGGCGAGCAGGGCGGGGACUUUGGCUAUGGCGGGUACCUGUUUCCGGGCUACGGCGUGGGCAAGCAGGAUGUGUACUACGGGGUGGCGGAGACUAGCCCCCCGCUGUGGGCGGGCCAGGAGAACGCCACGCCCACCUCGGUGCUCUUCUCCUCCUCCUCUUCCUCCUCCUCUUCCGCCAAGGCUCGAGCUGGGCCCCCUGGUGCUCAUCGCUCUCCUGCCACCUCUGCAGGGCCUGAGCUGGCCGGACUCCCGAGGCGCCCGCCGGGAGAGCCGCUCCAGGGCUUCUCUAAACUUGGUGGGGGCGGCCUGCGGAGCCCCGGCGGCGGGCGGGAUUGCAUGGUGUGCUUUGAGAGCGAAGUGACUGCUGCCCUCGUGCCCUGCGGACACAACCUGUUCUGCAUGGAGUGUGCAGUGCGCAUCUGCGAGAGGACGGACCCGGAGUGUCCCGUCUGCCACAUCACAGCCACGCAAGCCAUCCGAAUAUUCUCCUAAGCCCCCUGCCCCAUGCCUCCUGGGCCUACCCCAGGGGCCCACCCUGGACCUGUUUUCCACUAAGGCCUUUUGGAAAUCAGUGAUUUGAGGGGCAAGGUGUUUAGAGAUACUCACUCGCCGGGAGGGAGAAGGGAGGCGGUGGUGGCUGGAGGGUGGGCCACUUUCGGAGCCUCUGGUGACCCUGUCCUGGAAAAAUUGGGAAGGGACCAGACCGAAAAUUUUACUAGAGUUGCAACUCUGAUACCUCAACACACCCUUAAAUCUGGAAGCAGCUAAGAGAAACUUUUGUUUUGCCAGAGGUGGCCACUAAGGCAACCUGAUCCCCCUCUGCCCACCUCCCCAGUGUCUCUCUACCCCACCCUCU